GCAGGAGAAGGGAUGAGAGAGAUGGCAUCCCAAGGGGUUUCCAUCCUGGACCAGGCACUGCCUGCUGUGGGAGGCCUAACUUUGCUCUGGCUUCUUCUGAAGGCUGCCUGGGGUUUUGGAUACAGAGUGAGGACUUACGUGCUCUCUGAGGUGUGGAAAGGGCUAGAUCUGAACCAUUAUGGACCCUGGGCAGUGGUGACUGGAGCCACAGCUGGUAUUGGAAAAAUCUAUGCACAUGAGCUCGCCAAGAGAGGUCUCAAUGUGGUUCUCAUCAGCCGCUCCCUGGAAAAACUGAUGAAAGUGGCUGCUGAAAUUGAGCAACUGCAUGGCAGAUGCACCAGGGUGAUCCAGGCAGACUUUACCUCAGGUUCAGAAAUCUAUGAGCCCAUCCAGACUGCUCUUCAAGGUUUGGAGAUUGGCAUUCUCGUGAACAACGUUGGCAUGGCAGAACGCAAGCAAGGCCGUUUCCUGAGUUUUCCCAAUGUCGACAAGCAUGUAACCAACUUGGUGAACUGCAAUUUGCUUUCGGCAGUGAAGAUGACACAGAUCGUCCUACCUCAGAUGCUUGCCAGGAAGAAGGGGAUUGUCAUCAAUAUGAGCUCAUCAGCGGGACGCCGUCCCUUGCCACUGAAUGGGAUAUACAGCCCAACCAAGGCAGCUCUUGACUUCUUCUCGCAAGCUUUGGACGUGGAAUACGGCUCCAAAGGCAUCAUUGUGCAGAGUGUCCUGCCCAUGUUUGUUGCCACCGACCUUAUGAGUAUGCUCAACCAACGCUACAUGAUAACCUCUGAGGCGUUUGUGCACCAGGCCUUGAACACUGUGGGGAUCACAAACAGAACCGUCGGCUGCCUUUUCCACAGCAUCCAGUGGAUCUUUUACGACUUGCUGUUUCCAAAGUGGUUUCAUUUAACGUCUGUUGGACUCAACGCACAGUGGGUUUUACUCAAGAUGAUGGACUAUCACAAGAAGACUGAGCGACUGGAGAUUCAGCAGGAGCCUCUCCCGGAUUGA